GCUCGGGGUAGCGGGACUUCUGACGCUGGGCGUUGCUCUGGCGGCCGGUCAUGAACGGGCCGGCGGAUGGCGAGGUAGACUACAAAAAAAAAUAUCGGAACCUGAAGCGGAAGCUCAAGUUUCUCAUCUACGAACACGAGUGCUUCCAGGAGGAGCUAAGGAAGGCGCAGAGGAAAUUGCUGAAGGUGUCCCGGGACAAGAGUUUUCUUCUCGACCGACUUCUGCAGUAUGAGAACGUGGACGAAGACUCUUCUGACUCAGAUGCCACUGCCUCUUCGGAUAACAGCGAGACAGAGGGGACGCCCAAGUUGUCGGACACGCCAGCCCCCAAGAGGAAGAGAAGCCCUCCGCUGGGGGGUUCCCCCUCCCCCUCCAGCCUCUCCCUGCCUCCUUCAACAGGGUUUCCCCUUCAGGCCUCUGGGGCCCCCUCCCCAUACCUGAGCUCGCUGGCCUCCCCUACCUACCCCCCAUUCCCUUCUGACUACCUGGCCCUGCAGCUGCCCGAGCCCAGCCCCCUGAGGCCCAAGCGGGAGAAACGGCCCCGCCUGCCCCGGAAACUCAAGAUGGCGGUGGGACCCCCCGACUGUCCUGUGGGAGGGCCGCUGACCUUCCCGGGUCGAGGUGCUGGGGCUGGGGUGGGGGCAGCCCUGGCCCCACUGCCCCCUCCCAAGAUGCCCCCACACACGAUCCUGAGCACCGUCCCUCGGCAGAUGUUCAGCGACACAGGCAGCGGCGAUGACGCCCUGGAUGGGGACGAUGACCUGGUGAUAGAUAUCCCGGAGUGACCUGGCACCUGCGCCCUGCUCAGGGCCCCCUGGGCCCCUGCCAUGCUCGCACACAUGAGCCCCGAGUUUCCUCAGAGACGUUUAUUGACACCCAGUUGCCAUGCUUCGGCCACUGACACGAUCAGAAAAGGCGUAAACAUGCACGAAUGUCCCCGGGAAGGUGGGCCCCUGUCCUCACAGCUGGGCCCCAUCGGGGUACAGUUACUCAUUUAAAGGAGUGGCCUGGGAGCAUCUGCCACCUCUUGGGCAGGCAGAGAGACCCUGCAGUGGCCACCCCUGUGAGAGGGCAGCUUCUAGGGCGGAGUGUUUUCCAUGACAACUGUAUUAAAGGGGGUGGCUC